AUGGAUAGCGAGUUGAGCUUUCCCCCUGGGACUUCGCGUCUCCUGAGUCGCUCUGAGAUCAUCCUCGUCCCAACGCCCUCACAGGAUCCCAAUGAUCCUCUGAACUGGAGCAAACGCCGAAAAGCAUGGAACUUCACCCUCGUCCUCGCCGUAACAGUAGCAUUCUUCUCAGCCAUCGUCAUGCAAAUGGUCCUAUGGCAACAAAUGAUUGUCGACAUGCACGUAACCUACGACCAAUUAAACUACGGCGUCGCCUUCAACUCAGCUGGUCUCGCCCUCGGAAGUUUCCUCUUCAUCCCACUCGCUCGAAAAUAUGGUUCUAGACCUUGCUAUAUACUAUCCACUGGGCUUAUGGCUGCUGUGUCGUGGUGGAGUGGCAGGAUGGAGACUGUGGGGGAGAUGUAUGUUACGAAUUUCUUGUCGGGGCUGGCGGCGAGUAUUAAUGAGACGAUUUCGGAGAUCACGAUUGCGGACUUGUUCUUUGUUCAUCAAAGAGGUACAGCGAAUGGGUUUUAUAUCAUGGCUGUCAUGGUUGGCCAAUUCGUCUGUCCCUGCAUAGUGGGUGUUCAAGCAGCAGCUCAAGACUGGCGAUGGACAUACUACACCACUGGCAUCGUCCUAACCGUCCUAUUCCUCCUGUUCAUCUUCUUCUUUGAAGAGACAGAAUUUAUACCCGUCACUAUUGGAGAAACACGCAACACAUCCAGCCAAGGCACAUCCACACUCAAGAACCAAAAGGAUGAAUCAACGCAAGGAGACAUCCAAGACUCAGACCUCAACUCAGAAACCCACCCACCCCGCCUUACAUACAAAGAACGAAUGCGCUUCAUAACACGCACAGACGAACCCCUCUGGCGGAACUAUCUCGUCCCCCUCAAAAUGUUUCUCUUUCCACACGUUCUCUUCUCGGCGCUUCAAGUAGCCAGCUGCGUCGCGUUUCUCAUCCUUCUCACAUCAUCCAUCUCCAUGAUCUUUUCCGCACCGCCCUAUAACUUCAACACAGCGGGCGUAGGGCUCAUGUCGCUUGGUCCGUUUGUGGGAAACUUUCUGGGGAGUGUUUACGGUGGUGUGCUUGGUGAUUGGGUUGUUGUCAAGUUGGCCAAGAGGAACAAGGGGAUUUUUGAGCCGGAGAUGAGAUUGUAUAUUCUUUUGUUGCCGGCGCUUCUUAUGGGUGGCGGACUUGUGUUUUUUGGAAUAUCAGCUGAUAAGGGCUGGCACUGGAUCUAUCCAAGCAUUGGAGGUGCUAUGUUUGGCUUUGGUAUGGCAUCCAUGAUUGACAUAUCAUGCACCAUCAUCAUCGACAUUUACCAAACCCUUACAGCAGAGGCUUUCAUCUCCGUUACGUUUAUCCGCAACAUUCCUUCCAUAGGAGUCCCAUUCGGUGUUGUCGGCUGGAUAUCAUCCAUCGGCAUCUCAAAGCUCUUUAUAAUCAGCGGAUGCGUCGCUACCGCUGUCUGUCUACUGUUCAUCCCCUGCGCUAUUUGGGGCCUGCGUGUCCGCAAAAGUACAUGGCAGAUGUACGAGUCUGUACGGGAGUUGAAAGGAGCAGCUCGACACUAG